UGAGCACUGUUUUUUUCCAUACUUUUAAUGUUCCACUACACCUGUACCAACUAAUAACAACAAGCAGCUUCUUUUCUUGUGACCAGCCAGUGCACUUUUCAUUCUAGGAGAUACUGCUUUCUGUCUACUCAGUGAUAUGGCAGGAAUAGAAUUGCUGCUUCUUUCUUUAAUUCUGGCUGAAACUUCAGUCGCCUUGGAUAAUGGCUUGGCAUUGACACCUCCAAUGGGAUGGUUAGCAUGGCAAAGAUUUCGCUGUGUUAUUGACUGUACAAACUAUCCUGAUGAAUGUAUUAGUGAGCAGUUGUUCAAGAGAACAGCAGACCUGAUGGUUUCUGAAGGAUAUGCUGAUGUUGGUUAUGAGUAUGUCAUUAUUGAUGACUGUUGGCUGGCAUCAUCACGAGAUGCAUAUGGUCGCCUCCAGCCUGAUCCAGAUCGUUUUCCAAGUGGUAUUAAAGCAUUGGCUGAUUAUGUCCACUCAAAGGGUCUAAAAUUUGGAAUAUAUGAAGACUAUGGGACAAAUACCUGUGCUGGAUAUCCUGGUAUUCUGGGGCACCUGGAAACAGAUGCUCAGACAUUUGCUGACUGGGAAGUAGACUAUGUGAAACUAGAUGGUUGUUAUGCGGACACAAAAGAUAUGAAUGAAGGGUAUCCAGAAUUUGGCAUGUACUUGAAUGCAACUGGUCGACCUAUGGUGUAUUCUUGCAGUUGGCCUGUAUAUCAAGAGCAAGAUGGCCUUCCAGUUAAUUUUGAGCUCUUAAAACAAUAUUGUAAUCUGUGGCGCAAUUAUGGUGAUAUUGAUGAUUCAUGGAACAGUGUUACAAGCAUAAUGAGCUACUUUUCUUCAAAUCAAGACAGAAUUGCACAUCAUGCUGGACCAGGCCACUGGAAUGACCCUGACAUGCUGAUUAUUGGAAAUUAUGGACUAAGCUUGGAACAGAGUAAAGUGCAGAUGGCUGUGUGGGCCAUACUUGCAGCACCAUUACUUAUGUCAAAUGACUUGAGUGCUGUUGAACCACAAUUCAAGGCAGUUCUUCAGAAUACAGAUGCUAUUGCCAUCAAUCAAGAUCCACUUGGUAUUCAAGGUAGAAGAUAUGGAAAGAAACAAAAUAUAGAGAUAUGGAUUCGACCAAUAACACCUGUUGUCAAUGAACAGUACUCUUAUGCAGUUGCAUUUGUGAGUCUACGAACAGAUGGUAUUCCAUAUCCACUGCAAUUUACUUUACAGGAGUUGAAUCUCAAUAAUCCCAAUGGCUACACAUUUCAGGAGCUCUUCAGCAGCAAUGACACAUUCAUUAUCAGCCAGAAUGACACAUUGCAGUUCAGAGUGGUGCCAACAGGUGUGAAGUUCUACAGGGCUACUGUAAUAGAAUAA